ACAUGCGUCUCAUGUCAAUGCAGCUGAGCCACGACGACUCCGACCAACCCGAAUGACCUCCUGCAUUUCCUCCAUGUUUGAUUUCUGCAGCUAACGUGUGGCGUUUUGUUUUGGGCUCUUUGCUAACCCAUCGUGAAGACUCUUCUGUCAUCGUGGACGUGCUUUGGUUUCUACCUCAUGUGUUUCCAUGUGACGUGUGUGUGUGUGUGUGUCUGUCCUCGCUGUGGAACGCUCUCUGAGUGUAACAGCCGCUGUCCUUUCUGUCCUCCAGGGGCUCCAGGAGCACCGGCCAACCGGCGUGGACGGGGAGGAGGACACCGCGGCCGGGGACGCUUCAACGUCCGCCGAGACGGACCCAUGAAGUUUGAGAAGGACUUUGACUUCGAGAGCGCCAACGCCCAGUUCAACAAGGAGGAGAUCGACCGGGAGUUUCAGAGCAAGCUGAAGCUCAAAGACGAGAAGACGGAGAAGCCGGAGAAAGCGGUGAACGGGGAGGACAAAGGGGACUCAGGCGUGGAGACUCAGAACAGUGAGGGCAACGCUGAGGAGGAAGGAGACCCGCUAGGACCCAACUGCUACUACGACAAGUCCAAGUCCUUCUUCGACAACAUCUCCUGUGACGACACCAGGAAAGCCAACGAGAAGUCUGGAGGCUCCGUGUUCCCGAGGGAGCGGAGGCAGACCUGGGCGGAGGAGAGGAGGAUGAACGCAGAGACGUUCGGCCUCCCUCUGCGUCAGGGCAGGGGACGCGGCGGUUACCGUGGACGAGGCGGGAUGGGCUUCCGUGGAGGUCGAGGUCGGUCAGCCAGCCGAGGGUCCUUCGGGCCGCCACAAGGGGGCGGCGGCUUCAGGGGAGGAUACAGAGGAAACCAGGCAGGACGCGAGUUCGCCGAUCUCUCAGCAUACAGGAAGGACAACAAAGUGGCGGCGUAGUCUGCGAGGGAGGAAGAUCCUGCUCCCGGUGGAUCUUCUUCUUCUUCUUCUUCUUCUUCACUCGUUGGGAAACAGAUAGUUUGGGUUUCUAUUUUGUUGACUAAAAUAAUGAAGAUUGUCUACUAGUUGUAUAUUUGUCACCAGCACUGGGGUAGACUGCUGGAACACAGCGACGCGGUGCAUCAGAGAAGCAUCGUCCUCUUCAGAAUCAGUUCCAGCUGAAGAAUAAUAACAAUAAUAAUAAGAAUAAUAAUAAAGUGUUCACGUCAUGUUUCA